CCCUAAAAGAAGAAAAACCCCAAUCGAGCUCUGUCAAUGGCUCGCUUCGUCAGAUGUCUGAGAAGAACACUCUUUUCUAAUUCGUCUCCUUCUAUUGCUCACCGGAGCCCUAGGAUUGGUUUGCCCACGAAUCUAAAUCCUAAAAUUUUAAUCAGCCGCAGAUGUCUGAGCUCCGGGAGUUACGUCUCAGAAAUGCAGAAAUCAGCUUUCCAGGGCAACAUUUUGCGACUGAUCCGUAAUGAGAUUGAGUACGAACUCGAUCACUCGCCUCCUCUUCAGCCUCCUAACAGUUUUGGUCCAUUCACUGUGGAUGAACGGCCUGGAGAGCAGUGGAUUAGCUUGAAAAGGAAUUUUGGGGAUAAAGAAGACAUCAAAAUUGAAGCAACUAUGUUUGAUAGAUCAGUUCCCACGUCAAAAUCUACCAAAACUGAACCUGAAUAUAUUCUUCACAUCACUUUCAUUGUCAACAUCUCCAAGGCUGGUGCUACUGAAGCUUUAGAGAUCAUGUGUUCUGCUUGGCCAGAUACCAUAGAGAUAUCGAAGCUCUGCAUUCGUAGAGGCAUCAACACUUCACCCUCUUCCUAUGGUGGACCAGAGUUUGAGGAAUUAGAUGAUCAGCUUCAAGACGCACUCUAUCAAUUUUUAGAGGAAAGAGGUAUAAGCGACGAGCUUGCUGUUUUCUUGCAUCGGUAUAUGAAGAACAAAGGUAAAGCUGAGUACGUUAGAUGGAUGGAGAGCGUUAAAUCCUAUGUUGAGCAAAAAUAGGCAUCAGCCUGCAGCAAAAGUCUUCGAUCUUCUACUGUUUGGUUCCAUGGAAUGCUCAGUGGCCGUUGUGUAUGUGAGUAUGACUCUCUUUGAUUUGGAUAUGCUUCAAGAAAUUCAUUUGCAACAAAUUUUGUUUGCUGGGUUCUUAGCUAGCAGAUUGUGUAAAAACUAUUCCAGAUGCAUAAUUGUGAGCAUGGGUACUCAUUUGAAUACUCACAUCAUUUCAGCAAUACACGUCACAUAUUUCUGGUGUCUCUUGUUUGCUCUGUUUCUUACCAGCAAUGAAGAUUGAAAGUGUCUUAGUUAAGUUUGUAAAAUGAUGGCUUCUCGGGUAACUUUUGUUUCCCCCUUAGGAACUUGUUAUCUAAC